AUGGCCGGUUCAACGGCGGUGGCGUCUGCAUUUGCAGUCGAGCCAAAGCAGACUGGGAUCGACCCGAAAAGCCUGAAGGUGUGCUGCAUCAUCUCCGGAAGAUGUGCAAAAGUCGGCCUUCUACUUCUGCCCAGCCUACAGUUCCUGGUGCCCUAG